UUGCCAUCCAGCUCCGUCGACAGGCAGCCAGCCGCUCACCGUCCUGCUGCUGCGCGGAGUCCCGUGUUUUCGCUCUGAGCCCCGGCGUCGUUUUCACCGCGUCUGCGAGGAUCUCCGAGGGACCGGCUUCCUAGUUCGGUCGUGUCUCUUAUUUAGGGGGGGACAUUUGGCUUUGACUUUGCGAGAUUUUGUUCUCCAAUUGCCCUUCAAGACAUAUGGAGAAAAUGGCCAGACCUCUUCCUAUAAACGCAACUUUCCUGCCGCCGACUCACGGCGUGCUGAAAUCCCUGCUGGAAAACCCGCUAAAGCUGCCUUUCCAUCACGAUGAAGGAUUUGGGAAGGACCAGGAGAAAGAGAAGAAGCUGGACGAUGAGAGCAGCACAGCCAACCACCCGCAGUCGGCCUUCCUCGGCCCGACCCUGUGGGACAAGACGCUGCCGUACGAUGGGGACAACUUCCAGCUGGAGUACAUGGACCUGGAGGAGUUCCUGUCGGAGAACGGCAUCCCCGCCAACACAGCCCAGGGCGAGCAGGCCCUGCAGGCAGCACGGAACGCUCGGGCAUCUCCGCCUGCACCCCCCGCCACACUUUCACCCAGCGUGGUGGACCUCAGCAGCCGUGCCACCACCUCGGUUCACACCACCAUGGCACCUCAGACCUGCCUCCACAGCCCCGGCUCAGCAGCCCGGGACACCUCCAGCCCCAUCGACCCAGACUCCAUCCAGGUGCCCAUCUCCUACGAGCCGGACCCCCAGGACCUGGCUCUGUCCAGCGUGCCCGGACAGGAGAUGUUCGACCCCAGGAAACGCAAAUUCUCCGCUGAGGAGCUGAAGCCGCAGCCCAUGAUCAAAAAAGCCCGUAAGGUGUUCAUCCCAGAAGACCUGAAGGACGACAGGUACUGGAUGCGGCGCAGAAAGAACAACGUGGCCGCCAAGAGGUCCCGGGACGCGCGGCGGCUGAAGGAGAACCAGAUCGCCAUCCGGGCCAGCUUCCUGGAGAAGGAGAACGGUGCGCUGCGCUGCGAGGUGGCUGAGGUCAGGAAGGAGCUGGGCCGCUGCAAGAACAUUGUGGCGAAAUACGAGGCCCGACACGGGCCCCUGUGAGGCCCCCAAAAAAAACCUAAACACCCAUCCCACACCCACUCAUCUCCCACGACCUGCCUUCCCUCAAGUUUAAAGGACAAUGUGUCUCUUUUGGUGGCACUGCCCCCCCCCCCCCCCCCCCCUCCUCCUCCUCCCACAAACCUCCCCCAUUUCCCAUCACACACCUGUAUGAUUCUGGUAUUAUAACUGACUUCUAUCAUAAGCUUUGAUCCUUCUUUUAGUUUCCGUACACAUUGUUCCACUUAAUAUAUAGAAACAUAUAUUUACACACACAUACUUCCUGUUUUAUGUACUGAGCUAUGAGCCAACCCACCAGCUGAGUCCCCCUGCUACCUUUUUGAGAGUCGAUGCCAUGCUGUUUGUCGUUCACUUUCAUACCAAUUUUAUACGUGAGGUAGAGACUGAAAACUGUUCUCUCUCCCUUCUGCUUCUUCUUCUGUGGUAUAACAUGUGGCGUGUCCGAGAGCCUGCUCAGACCCCACAAAAUCUUGAGUUUUUUAUUAUAUUUUCUUCCCAUCAUCUUAUACUGUUUUCAUGCUGAUCAUGUCGUUGUUCAGUUGUCCCUCGCAGCUUCUCUAACAGCUCGAUAUUAUUAACGUUCAGAAAGCACUUCCCAAAAAGAUUCCCUGUGCAUUCGUGGCGUAGAUUUUCUUUUCUUCUUUAUCCUGACACUGAGCAAUAAUUCCUCUCCAGAAGUAAACUGACAUGACUACCUAACAUGCUCCUCACCCUCCCCCCCUGUACACUAAUACGUGUCUCACAAUCUGAUCCGGUUAUCUCAAAAUAAAUUCCUCCACUUCAUAUUUA